AUGUCUUGCAAUAGCUCUCUUCCACCACCGAUCCGUGACGCAUCCGGAAAAACGUACAUUGCCAUCCCUGCCCCUCCUUUCAUCUUCGCGCAGAAUGUCCCGACUCAAUCUCAUGGCUUGAACGAUAUACAAGGAUAUAUUUAUGUUGAAUGCACUUCCUCCACCCCGUAUGGCUCCGCUCAGAGAAUAUUUGCCGGAGAACAUGGCGAAGUAACGGAGGUCAAGCCGUCCGUUAGCACUUGGAUGACGACAAAUCUACCUGCUGAGCCACCACCAGGUCAUAUUCCGUGGACCGGAGAAGUCCCGUCUAGUGAUUCGUCACUCUCGAUUCCCUCUUCAACGAACAACCGCGCAGAUCUGCUGAGUGGAAGCUCGGUACGCACGAGUUCGUCGGGCAGCUCAUUUGAUCUUCCGGCAUUGGCGAGUGCAGAAACUCUGUUGAGUGAAUUAUUACCUUCAAUGUGUUCAUCCGAAUGGUCCGGAGGCGUUGUUCCCCCUUGCAUAUAUGAUGCAAAGGCAGCCGCCGCCGAAUCCCGGAACAACCAAUCCGUAUUAGCAGUGGAUAGGCCUAGAGUGCGUUCGACUGUCAAAGUCUCCAAAGCAGUAGAUAAACGCCGCUAUACGAUUUGUAUCCCAGACGAGACUAGGCGUAGAGAGGCUCAUGUCUUCAACCGUCAUCUUGCCUUUGAGAAGGAAUGGAAGCUUAGACAAAAGAAUGACCCGAGCGCCGAACGCAAAUCCAGGACUAGCUGUAUCAUGUCUCAAAUGGACAAGCUUGGUGACUUCUUUUCAGAUGGCCUGAAAAGGAUGGACAUGACUAUGUUGCACCUGAACGAAGAACAGAACAAGAUGGAGACCCCUGCUUUGGUUGUUUCUACCUCAACUGCCAUUCGCCGACUUUCGUUGGAGUCUUAUGGUGAAACGAAGAGGUUAACAAUGCCCUUGGCGACACGACGCGGUAAAAGCGUCCCAGAAGCUUUGAAAAUCAGCGAUCACUCCAAGCUUGAGGCGACAAAGUUAGAUUAUCCUGAACUUCCCACGCCAUUUCGUGGAACUCCUGGGCCAACGUCAGAGACGUUUGAUCAAGCCCCGGUAUAUCCGACUAUAACAAUCGAUCCCAGGAUGACCGCUGAACAGAUGAUUUGUAGCUUACGCGAGCAAGUCGCAAGCUUUUACCCCGGGCCCCGUGGAACCACAAAAUCAUCGGCUACGUUUGAAGGCCAAUGCAAAGAGGCGGAGAUGUGGCUUGAAGACGAGGUGAGGCAGAGUCUGUUUGAGGACAAGUGCGACUCAGAUGGUGUAAGGAAUUCGACAGAGGCCAUAGGAACAUGCAGCAAUACCAAUAAGCAUGAUAGUUCUCUGGAGAAUGUGGCCUUUCUUUCUCCGUACGCAUCCGACGGCCCUCAUCGUCAAGUGACCAAUAACAAGCAGGUCAAGACACCUCAGGUUGUGCGGUCCGAUCUGAAAGGUCGUGUUAAGUCUCUCCAAGCUAGUAUGGUUCUUCCUCCCGCGGACGAUUUGAGAGAAAGAAAUGGGAAAACCCAUAGUUCAGCCAAGUCAAAGCCGCGCAAAUCGAUCCUUUCCAACGGUUCUUCUUCUAGUUGUGGUUCCGGGAAGAAAGUACGCUUCUCAGAUGUUCCGCCGUCAGUCAUACAAUCCGUGGAGGAUCCGGCUGAAAAGUCUGUCCCAUCUGCGUCGACUUCGCCUCGACAGAUAUCGCUUUCUCCUCCUAAACGCAAACCGCCCCCGUCUAUAAGCUCCGUAAAAUCGCCCAUUGGGCAUAGCUCACUGCCACCGACUCCAAUGAAAUCAUCGGCAGUGCGGAAACCCUCUCCUUUGAAUCCGGCUGUGCAGGCUUCCGUGACGACUCCUACGAAGCGCGCAGCAGUCAAGCCACCUGCUCAGUUGGCGUUGUCACCUGUACAUGACGGCUCGCCUCCUGCACUUAGACCGAGGAGUCUAUCCGAAGGAAUGCCGCUCAAGAAGGGGCCGGUUUUCUCCUCGGGCUCUCCUAAGGGUCUCAUUGGGAAUGGUAGUGCGUCAAACGCGAGAUUCAAGAAGAGCGUCCGACGACUUAGUCUCGGUGUGAAUUUGAAAGAAAAUCGGGAGCAAUCAAUCGCCGACAAGCUUGCAAAUAUCACGAAGCGCCGUAGCCACACAAGCGAUACAGAUAAAGAAAAUCGUCGGGGCUCUGAACUUGCUUCACUUGUUGCUCGUGAGGUACAGAAGAAGACUGGUAGGCGAAGCUUGCCGUUCCAGAGCAUGCUGAGCCGACUUCGUGGGUGA